AACUACCCCACGAUGUAUAUACGACAAAUGCCCGGCUCGCCAGGCCUUACUUUUAAUACGGGUUCGUAACGUAGAAGAUCCGAGAGCCUUCGACCACAACACAUGGGCGUUGGCAUAAUGUUUUCAGUUAUCAUUAUUUGUUAUUCUGCAUCUUGCAUUGGCUGGAGUUUGAACGGUUCGUGCGUUUUGGCUGGAGGCACCGAAACGCGUUUUUUCCCCUUUCUUUUUUCUUCUUUGCCAUGGAACUUCGGAAUCGUCUCCAGGCUCUUUCUUAGUCUUCCCCAUUUGGCCUCGGCCUGAGGAAGUACAGCGUUACAACAAGGCGUCAUCCCGGAUGUUUCUGUGGGAAGGAUUACGGGCUAGAAAGGAUGAGCUU